AUGGCAGAAAAUCUAGAGCGAGAUGACAGAAGCAAAAGCCGGCGAAAAACGAAAGCGACAGGUUUUAGCUUAAGCAACAAUGCUGUGGAAUCUGAGAAAAGUCAGAGAGAAAAGGAAAACGAAGACGUUAAGGUAGAUCUUAUCGUGAUUUGUAUUAUAUAGGGUCAUAUAUAUAGGCUCAUAGUUGUAUUUCACUUUUAGUUUAAUAUCCAAUCACGAAUAUUAAUGCACCUAUCAAUGUUAAGCCCCAGAGGGGGUGGGGGGGAGGUCGGGCAUAGGUGGGCAUUUGAUUUUUUGACCAAAUUUUCAAUCAAAUGCCCCACCGUCGGGCAAUAAAUAUUGGUCAAGUGCCCCACCAUUUUGCAAUAAAUUGCAAUAAAUACUAUAUUAAUAAAAGUCAUUCGGUUCAAAUUGCCCCAACUCGAGGGCCAAAAUUCUAAUCAAAAUCCCCAGGGUGAGGAUGCAAUUGAUGAUCAAAUACACCACAUUGCCCGACCCCCCCCCCCCCGUCAAAACAGUUGCAAAAAUUUGGAAGUUUGCAUGAACAAUAAAUGAAUACGGUAUGCCCCCCCCCCCCCUAAGGGAAUGAAGGGGUUGAAUAUCCAAGAGUUGUCCUUUAAUGUCUUACCUUUUCUUACGGGAAGAUUAUGAAUUUUGGGAUGGGAAAAAUAUUUGUGUUUUUGCGAUAUUCUAAAUGGAGGCAAGAAUGAUAUUGUGUAAAACACAUCCAAUGGGUUGUAUAAUUAUUCCAUGUGCAUGGGGGGUUAUAUUAAGGACCCCUUAAUGGGAUUGUACAUUUAUUAAAUGGCAUGGCCAUAUAUUGUGUGCACUACUGUUUGUUACAAAUUGUGCAACCCAUUUAAUAUGUUCCUUAUGCUCGAGUGUUUCAUGUUUAUAAACAUUUAUAGAGAAUAUAUUGUAAGAUUGUUGACAAACCUUAUAUAUUAUAGGACAUUAUUAGUAGAUUGGACGAGAGCUUAGUCAGGAAGCUUGCCAUCCGAAGCUUGCGCAGAGGUAUUGGCAGCAUGGAUUACAUGGACACCUUCUUAAUCAUGGAGGAUGACCUGGAUGAUACUGAAAAUGUCGGUGAGCUUUGGCAAUCAUCCACCGAACGGCCACAUGACGAAACAUCUACCCAAGACGCUUGCAACUCACAGAACCCUGGUUCAGACCCAGAUCCUACUUAG